AUGCCCAGAGGCCAACCCAUCUAUAAACCAUCCAGAAAAUCUGAAGGUUCGUCAAGCAACUCCAAAAAUCAAAGCAACGUUUUGAGGUUGCCAAGUGAGAACCUAAGUAUAGUCACAGUGCAAGCUACUAAUGACGAUUUCGAAACAAUUGAAUUAAGGCAAACUGUUCUUCAAUUGCAAGAACAAGUUUUACAUUUGCAGAAAGACUGCCAAAUUUACAAGGCUAAAGCUCACAAGCUGAGGCAUGAGUUGAAGAAGCUGGAUUUAUAUAAAACUGUAUGUGACUUUAAGACUGGAUCUUAUCUAAGAAUCAAUAAAAGGGAAAAGGACAUCAAAAGGAUCCGAAGCACAUGCACUUCUCCUAAAGCAAUUUAUACUUAA